AAUUUCAAAAUCAACGGCUUACAAUAAGUUUUAACUACAAGUUAUUGUUCUUGUUGUGUUUGUAUUUUUGUAAAUGUAAUUAUUUUCAAUUGUAAAAAUUACUCCAGCUGCCAGCAUAAGUAUAAUUAAUAAUAUGAAUUGUGUCAAUACUUUUAACUCUCUAUAUCUAGAUUUAUUUUGUUUGGUUUGUUAGAAGAAAUUACUUCUGCAGUGAACAAUAUUAAUCAGUUUUCUUAUCAAUGGAUCAUCUAGCGUUAAUUUAUAAUGAAAAUCAAUGGAGGAUUAAUGCAGUGUCGCCUUUAAAUAACUUGCAUUUUAACGAAGUAAAAUUAAAACAAUAUGCUACAACAAUUAAACAACACCUAGUUCGUGCCGUUUUCGCAAACGCUUCUAUUAAGUUCACUGUUUCUUUUGAAGAGUUACCAUAUCUAAAGUUCUCUCCAGAAGAUCCUAAUGGAAUCCUGCUAAGUGUGAAAUCAAUUAAGGAAUCAAAAACAAAAACUGCUUAUGAAGCAAUUUUUCUGACAUGGGGUACACAUUUAACACUAACCGAUGCCAUCCACUUACCUUACAUGCUUGAAAGAGGUGAACAAAGAGUUGGUGUAUGUGUAAAGAGUUCCUUGCAAAAUAUAUUUGACUGUAACAUAAAGGAGUACAAUUUUUCACAGUUACAGUUACUACAAAUAGGACUAAAUUUUCUUAAUGUUGAUACUUCUAAAAGUUCAGAUCUUUUCAUAAUUGGCUAUAAAAUACCACAAACUGAUAUAACCCAGAAGGUAUCAUUUAAAUUUGAGAUUGGUGAAAUACGGAGUAUUUGGAACAGCCUUAAAAGGGAGUGUUCAAAUGAGCUGGAAUUGGUCCAAGUGAUGUACCAAAAUCUGCAAAAUCAAAUAUUUUAUAUGAUAACAUUAGAUGUUACAGUAUUUGAGCUAAAUGAAGUUAUUUUGCCGAAUGCUGAAGUGAGGAGCAAUGGUACAGUGAAAAUAAAGACAGCACAGACUAUAAACUCACUAUUUGUAACAUUGAACCAGUAUUUCAGAUAACAUUUACAAGAUUUUCAAUAAACAACAUGGGGGGUUAGUACAAGCUUCACUAAUUAGAAAGGUGCAUAUUUGUUGCCUUAAACAUCCAAUAGAAAAUUAACUUUCAUUGAUGACAUAGGCAGACAUUGUAAUUUAAAUGGCAAUAUACAUUGAAUAUAUAAUUAUUGCAAGAUUAAUUUUAUCUACAUGUUGUUCAUUGCUUUAUGCUUGGAUAAAAUUAAAAACAGACUUAAUCCAAAAUAUACUCUUUGUAGGAAGUGCUCAGGGCAGGACCUUUUCUAGAAACAAGGCAACUGCAUUAGUAAUUAAUAUUGAUUUUGCUACUUGUGUAAAUAGUAAUAUAGUAAAA